GUCUUUUCUCUUUGGCACAGGACUAGGACCCACCCUCCUCCUUCUGACCCACCCCCAUCUCUCUUCCUCCUUUUUCUAUGUUCAUUCAUAUAAGUGACUAGAAAUCAUAAAAAAGGCCUUUGCCCCUGUAUGAAGAUUUUCACCUCAUCAAACCAUCACCACCACAAUCGCUUUAUACUACUCUUCAAAUCACCAAGGUCCAAAUAUUGAAAAAACAUUAUUAACUAAUAGCUCGUGUUUCAUUAGUCCAUCCACCAAACUCAUGGAAUUGAGGUUUGAAUACCAAGAAGGAUACUGGAAGAACUCAAGGGGAAUACAACUCUUCACCAGCAAGUGGUUACCUAUUUCUUCUCCCAAGGCUCUUGUUUUCCUUUGCCACGGCUAUGGAAUGGAAUGCAGUACAUUCAUGAGAGAAAUUGGAGAGAAGUUAGCAUCUGUAGGCUAUGCUGUGUUUGGGAUGGACUAUGAAGGACAUGGACGCUCUGCAGGUGUUCGUUGUUACAUAACCAAAUUUGACAACAUUGUUAACGACUGUUUCAACUUUUAUAAGUCAAUUUGCGAGCUCCAAGAGUACAAAGGAAAGGCCAAGUUUUUGUAUGGAGAGUCAAUGGGGGGAGCAGUGUCCCUACUGUUACAUAAAAAGGAUCCUUCAUUUUGGGACGGUGCUGUUUUUGUAGCACCAAUGUGUAAGAUAUCAGAGAAGGUGAAGCCACAUCCUGUUGUUGUUAGCGUAUUGACUGGAUUGGAAGAAAUUAUUCCUAGGUGGAAAAUAGUUCCUACAAAGGAUGUCAUCGAUUCAGCCUUCAAAGAUCGUGCUAAACGGGAAUCGAUAAGGAAAAACAAGUUGAUAUAUCAGGAAAAGCCAAGGUUAAAAACAGCAUUGGAAUUGCUGAGAACUAGUUUGAGUCUUGAAAGCUGCUUACACCAAGUGACACUACCGUUUAUAGUGUUACAUGGAGCGAAUGAUACAGUAACAGACCCAGAAGUAAGCAAGGCAUUAUAUGAUAGAGCUAGUAGUGUAGACAAGACCAUGAAAUUGUACCCUGGAAUGUGGCAUGGCUUAACAUCCGGAGAGCCUGAUGAAAAUAUUGAACUUGUGUUUGGAGACAUCAUAAGUUGGUUGGACAAGAGAGCUUCGAGCAAAGCACGUUUGGAGUCUUUUCUAACAAUUCAAACUUACAACCAUAGUGAUAAUCUUCAUGAGUUUCAAGGACGCCGCUCAUCACUGUAGAAUUAUAAAACCCACAAUGGUGGGCGCUCUGAACCAUGGCCAUGGACUCAUGGUCGUGUUGUUAUGCAUACAAAGCAUUGCAUUAUACGGUGACCAACUUCAAUACUACCUUGGUACAUAAUAUAAUGGAGUCCAAAAUGUUACAGAAACUAAAGCAAAGUAUUUAAGGCUUCAAAAUCAUAUGUUUCACUAAACUUACCGUAGUACUAAAUCUUCGAGUAGGUAAUGUCCGUGAAACAGAGAACCAUACAAGAUUUCGACACCGAUUAUUGACAAAUAA